CGUUAGCCGCAAGUUACGGCAUGACCGCCAUGGCAGCUAAUGCCCAUUACAGCACUUGACGUUUAACCAGAACAUGUCAUUUUGCAGAUUUAAUUUUCGCAAAUGGCAGACUCGUUUUUCGGUUUCGAUACCACGCUCGGCGACAACAGUCUAGAGGAUGGACUGGAUUGUCCGUUGGAGGAGGAAGAUCUCGAGGAAGAGUACGAUGCAUUGAACGAUGAGACAUUUGGUCCAGAUGCCGCGAUCGGUGAUUGGGAGGAAGAUCAUGAGAAACUUGCUGAAAUUACAGAAUCAAAUCGUCCACAUAAUCAGAAUGCGACGAGCAAAAAGAACAUUACGAACGUAGAUGUCGCAGAUAACCUGUCGCAUUUAGUGUUGGAUAAAGAAGGAAUAGUUCCACGACCCGGCGUAUGGACUAGUCCCUUAACUCUACCUCUUCCAAAAGCUCAACCGCGAUUAUCUUUGCCAACCUUGAAAAAUGCCUGUACUGUGGAAGAGCUGGAGAGAGGGCUUAUUGCAAAUAGGCCACCUCCAGGUCUCAGUAAACCACAAGCGCAACAACAGCAGAAAAAGUCUGAGGUCUCGUUCCUGUUUGAGACCCUGUCCGUAAAUGACAAGUUUCAGGUCAAUGGCCUAGCAACACCACCUUAUCCACCGGGAUUGGGCAUGCAUGGGGCGCAUCAUAUGGUCGUGCCCAAUUUAAGAGUACCGCAUCCCCAAUUUAUGCAACCACCCAGAUUGUUACUUAAUCAACCUGGGAACAUGUUGCGCUAUCCUUUACCACCACAUUUAAUGUUGCCGCAUGCGGUACAAAGACAAGCUCUUCAUAACUCUGCAUACGGGUUUGCUCAACCGCCCCAUCCCAUGGGUGGUCCACAGUUCCUUCGACCGGAUCACAUGAUGCCUGCAUUUCCGAAUAAUCAGACCAACCAUCAGCAACACCAACAUCCUUACUCGCAUUCUGGAAAUCAGAGAAACCAGAACCGACCUUACUAUCAUAACGAGCAGCAAGUCGGACAUCAACCGUUCUUUAAGAACAAUCAAUAUCCGCAUCGUAAUCAUGACAGGAACAAUCAACAAAGACACUAUCAUCAUCAGCAUUAUCCUCACAACGUUAACGGCACGAGUUCGUCCGGAGAGUACGAGGUUGCGGGGAAACUCGCUAUAAAGCCUCAUGAAAGGCAAUGGCUAAUCAAUAUUCAAUUGUUGCAACUUAAUACAAUCCAACCGUAUAUCGAUGAUCAUUAUUACAUUGUAUUCUGUGACAAGCAGAAUAAACAACAUGCGAAUCAAAAAGAUAGAAAACACAAUAACGGAUAUCACAAGGAUCACAGGGACUGGGAGCCAACGCCGCAGGCCCAAUCAAGAUCGGCAUACACGCCGGCUCAGUUUGAGAACUCGUUAGGCAAACUGCACUGCAGCAGCGUAACGGCGCCGCGUAAACUUAUCGAUAUGGAUGUCGUAUCGAACAGCGACGCCCAGUCUACUCCUCAGUCGCAGCAGAAGGACACUAAGAAAACACGGCAGUUACUCCUCGAAAUUGAGAGGCUGCACACUCUGCUAUUUAAACUCGAAGAUCUGAGUAAUCCCCUCGCGGCAAUUCCGGAAACGCAACAGCAGCAGGAAGGGGAAACCGAAACGAGUACCAUUAAAACUGAACCAGAAUUAAUCAGCAUGAUGUUAUCGUGCCUGCAGCAAUUGAUACAAGAUGAUAAACUCGCUAGUAUGCUAAGUAUCCGGAAAGGAAAGACGUUACUAUUGCGUUUUUUACCUCACCUGAACGUGACGGAGUAUAAUAAGCAGUUGCGAGACUUGUGGACUGCGAAAUUCAAAGGAUUAGCCAUGAUAGGCCGUAGAGAUUGUCACUUAUUAACAGAUUUUUACUCUGAAUUCCGUAGAUGGCUCAACGCCGUGAAAGAUUUUGAUACAGUACUGCGAUUAGCAAGGGCGCUGUCCGACUCUGCUACCCAUUCUGUUAAAAACAACAGUUUAACUUUUGCUCUUAUGAAUAAGUUCGGUAUAUCGGCAAUAGCGACAAUGUUCGAGCAAGCGGAACAAUUGUGCGGCGAUUCCGACGAUUCUCUGCCUUCCGAAUGGUCAACUUUUGUAGUAACAAUAGCGGAGGUGAUUAAUGACUCGUCGCCGAUCUACACCAAUGCCACACCGUGUCAACCAAUCGCUGCGAAUACGCUCAACAAACACCUGGAUCGGAUUUCAAAUUUAAAGUUAGAAAGGUAUACAACGCUAGCGCGCUUGUUGACUGAUGCCAAUUCUUUACGAUAGUCUAACGUGUUACGCAGGUUACACUUGACGGUGUUUUUAAAGUUUGUCUUUUUCUUAACGUAAACGAAAACUAAUUAAAUUAUGCUAAAAGGAAAAAAAAGUACAUACAGACAAAUAUUUUAAUAUUAUUACUAAUGUUAUUGUGAAAUAAUAUCCAUUGUGUACGAUAAUAUUUCUAAAUAGAUGCCAUGAUUUUACAAAGUAGGUAUCUCACGUGGGGAUACUAAAGGGAAAAAAAAAUUUAUAUAUGUAGAUAGAGAUAUUCUGAGCAUCUCGAUGCACAAUGAAGUUUGUUACUCGUACAUAUAUAUCACCUUUCAUUGUAUAUUUUGUACACAUUAAUCAAUAAAAGCUCAUAAUUGGUAACGCGAGGAAAUCACUGCAAUAUCGAAAAAGACAAACAUGCAUCGGAUGAAACAUUAGAUUUGCAUGCCGAUAGACUCCUUUUAGACAGAUUUCUUUUAAAUUAUAACAUACCUUGAGUCUACUGUGUAAAACUGGUAUCUGAUAUACAGGGUAAGGCACUUAACAAAAAAAAAACAAAAACAAAAAUCACCGCCUUGUUUGCGUCAAUGUUGCACCGAUCUACUUUUCUUUAGAGAUUAAAACAUUGACCGAGUCAAGGUGGGCAACUUCGAGCGCGUUACCCUGCAUUUAAACUGCACAUCCUAUCUUCCUAUAUGUUGUAUUUCGUAUUGUUUUAAUUAAUAUAUAUAAAAGCAUUAGUAUACAUAAAAGUAUACAUAUAAAAGUGGAAGUGCGCUUGUGCUAUCAAGAUCCAAAUACAUUGAUCGUAUAGCACAUGUCAAAUUAAUUUGAGCAGCAUUAUAUAGCUUUUUUUUUAUAUCGGGAUUCCAAUCCCACUUAGAGAUACAAUGAUAAUAAUUUUACGUGUAUUAAGAGCAUAUAUUUUAUAUUUUUAUGAAAGUCUUAUAUUUUCUAUUCCUCUCUCUAAACUAAACUUGUUUUCAGUAACGUAUGCUUAUUUAUGGAAUCUAUAGGCUAUUUUUUUUUUCAUUGUGCACUCAAAUGGAUGCAUUAGUGUUUACAUUCACAGUUUUUGUCAAGCCGCAAAGCGUUGUACCGUUUUAAGUUGAGUUAUAUGUAUAUUCCGCAAUUAUAUAUAGAUUAUGUAUGUACAUGAUGAUAUUCACGGAAGAUGAUGCAUGGGAUGUGUACGUUUCCAUUCUUGUUCAUAUUAAAACCAAGUAUAUGUACAUUACACGUAUUACGCAUCUACACAUUACAUUAUCGUUUUGGAACGAAAUCAAUAGCGCUAAAAGAAAGGGAAAAGGAAAAAAAACUUGUUAUCAGUCUGCAGAUAAUUUAUAUUUUGGAGAUAAUAAACGACGGAUAAUCAUUCACAUCGCACUGUUAAAAUGUAAGGCAAAGACCGAGUAUAUAAUUACAAAGAUGGAAUAUGCAACAACAUAUAUGUAUAUAUAUAUAUAUGUACACACACACACACACACACACAUAUAUAUAUAUAUACAUAUGCAUAAGUUAGUGUAUCAGCAGCAAAACUCUAAUAGUCUUUUUAUAUAACAUUUGUAUUAUAUAUUAAGUGCGCCGUAAUUAAAUUUUUCUAUAUUGGUUUCGGCACGUCAGAAGCAUGUGAUAACGUGAACUCUAAUCUAGUUGUAAAAAAAUACUGCAGUCCCGUCAGUUUAAGGAAAAUGUAUUCUUUUUCUUUUUUUUUUCUUAACACGAUAGUCGUUAUUAGGUCAGACAGAACUUUGUGAUCGCGUAAUAAGGUAGAAAGAGAGAGAGAAGAAAGGAGGGGGGGGGGGAUCCUGUAAUGGCAACGUGUGCUUGCAGUACCGUAUAUAAAAAUUUGAAAGAUAAUCUAAAAUGUAUGACGACAUGGCCUUUAGAAAUACUGACGUAAGAUAAUUACUUUCUAUCGUGAUCGAAUAUUUAACUGCGAGAUCUUCUUUGUGUACUCCUAGCUUGUACAUAGAAUGCGAUACUGAUGCGUGAGUGUCUCGGUGCAUUUUUGUAAUCAAACGCAGAACUAUUUCGGUUUCUGCCAUGUCGCAUGAUGUAACGAUACUACGGUAUCUUGCGAAAACAAGAUUUUCACAGUUAGAAAGGAAAGUUUAUUGUUAUUAGUUUGUAAUAUUGAUAACUAUGGUAGCGAUCAUCCACCCAAGUGAUAGUUUGAGUUACGUGGACAUUUCGAUAAACGAGAUACUGCUAAAACCGUGGAGCAUUGCGUUGCAAUCUUACGUUUUCGUAUUUAAAAACAUGAUUCAAAUGAUUAUUUAGUUUAGCAGAUGUCGCCUUAAUUUUUUAUCAUCACAUAAACCAUUUAUAAAGUAAGUCGCUUGUAAAGUUAAGCAUCAAGAUUAUUGAUCUAGCACUUUUAUUUCACUCGCUUAUAUCGAGUUAUCACGUAUGAAUAAAUCUAUUUUAAUGCAGUUAACUCGUAUAUUUAAAUAUAUUCAUUCAUAGUUCUAUGAUUUUCAUGUUGCUGAUAUGAAUUACAGUGCGGAUCACGCUGAAAAUUAUUAACGAUGAUGAACAAAGGAUGAAUGAAACCAAAUAAGUACUCAUUCAUUAAUUGCUUGCGAAUAACCGUUUAUUAAUGUACAGCUCAAAGGCUUUGCGUAUUAACGUUCACAUUAUUAUGUAAUAAGACGACGAAGAGAAACAAAGUCUAUGUUUUUACAUAAGCAAUGCUAAGAAUCUAAGGGAUACGUGAUUGUUAGUGUGUAGAUGAUGAUGCAUGUCUAAGAAGCCCAAGAGUUACAUUACAUUCUUCUUACUAUGUAACCGGGCUCGCACCUUUCGAGAAUAGACCUAGUUGUAGACGCAGCGUGUUUAUCGAGUUAUUUUGUAAUUCACGAGCGUUCUCAUAAAGGGAUUUUAAUAAUUUUACGAUUAGAAGGAAACAUGUGUUAGAUUGUAGUGUUAAUUUUAUAUCGAACGCUUGAGAAUUUCGCCCUAUACGAUUUAUACGUUCGCACGAAAGGGCCGAUUAGGCAAUUAUUAAUAACUGUUCUCUUAAGGGCUACCAUGAAGGACAUAUGUAUCUGAUGAAGCUGAUAAAAUAUGCUCUCUCUUCUCCUUCCUUCAGAUUACGUAACAAUUGUAGAUUUUAGUUUUGUCUUCAUCGUUCAUUCGUUAUUCAUAUAUUCAUCGCGAUAACUGACGUGUUGCUUUCAAGUCCUCUUUCUUUUUCACUGCUCGACGCUCAGCGCCAGUUGUUGCGAGAGUCGGAUGUUACGUUGCUAAUGCACUAGUUGUACGAAAAACAUUUAUAGUAGCACAGUGUAAGGGCGAUACAAAGAAAUCUGUUCGAUUUGUGUAUUGCGACAAAGGAAUAUUUAAUUGUCCAUGAGGAGUGCCCAUACUAUACUUCAGCACUAAUUGAAUAUAUUCGUUUCGACAUUCGUGCGUGUGUGAAACGUAAUAUUGUAAUGUCAUAUUGUAAUGAACGAUAACCCGUUUUAUCACCGUUGUGGAAGUAGAAGCUGCUAUGAAAAAGAAAUGUGCGAUGUCUUCUUGCGAAGUAGGUAAAGCGAAAAAAUGUGCGUUUGAUUUCUAAUUGAAGAUAUAUUUUUAUAGAGAUACUAUGUUUAUUACGUUUAGAACAAAACGAACGAUGAAACGAUGAAAAUUGAGGUCGUUGUAAAUCACAAGGAUCCCACAUGAUUUACCAUCUAUAUUAUGUCUAUUAUGUACUCAGUGAGAUACUUGUACAUUAAAAAAAAUUAAUAAAAUUGAUUGUAAAUUUAUAACAUAA